GAACUCUUCUUGUUAGCUAUCCAUUCAAUACUGCCUUGGUCGCUGUUUUAUUGCGUAGUUUUUUUCCCCCAAAUAACUGGAAGGGGGAAAAACUAAAAUGUCUGCUUCUUUUCGCCGUCUGCACUCGGUGAAACAGGGCGAAAACGCGUGCUGUGUAAGUGCCGAUGAAGCCCGAUCUGUUUUAAGUUGUUUCUAAUCUCUCGAGACAGAAGAUCUUGUUUAAACCUCCAUUUAGAUGCUAAAGAUAGCUGAUAACGGCGCGGCUUAUUUCACUACUGAAAAAAAAAGCGAGAGAAGUGAAAGACGAGAGGGGUUAGAGGAACAGAGUUCAUCACGGAAUGUUCCAGUGUUAAUUCUCGGGGAUUUUUACUUCAUCAUAUUACAUUCUGCUUGUGGACAGAUGAGGCUUGUGUAGAGUUUAAUGGUUGAUUAUGUCAUGCCAAGAACUCAUCGUUUGGUCACUUACAGUGCGACAUGAAGCUGACCACUCGAUGUCGUCUGGUGUUAUUUCUUUUGCUGAUGGUCACCGCUUCGCUUGGUGAGGGGAAUACACGGCCACUCAAGACAAAAGCCCAGGACUGUGAGCAAGGUACUCACACAUGCCAUCAAGAUGCUAUCUGCGUUCGCACGCGCAAGUCCUACAGAUGCAAGUGUAAGCCAGGAUUUAACGGUGACGGCAAAGUUUGCAAAGAUGAAGACGAAUGUCUUCAAGAGAAUGGUGGUUGUGUACACACGUGCAUGAACACACCAGGGAAUUACACGUGCUUAUGUAGUGACGGCUUUGUCCUCGCCCCAGAUGGAAAAGAUUGUACAGACAAAAACGAAUGUUUUGACAACAAGGGAGGUUGCUCUCAACAAUGUGUUAACACUCUUGGGAGUUUUGAGUGCAAGUGUGCUUCGGGCUACUCACUCGAUUCAGGGGGAAAGAAAUGUGUUUUUGGGGAGUGGUGUAACAUCAAACAUGGCUGUGAUCAUGGCUGUAGACCAGCCACCGUAGGUAACAAGGUGGAAUGUUACUGCAGAACAGGAUAUUAUUUACAUUCCGAUGGAAAAAGAUGUUUGCGAAGUUGUGAACUAGGAAAUGGAGGCUGUCAACACAAAUGUAACAAUACAAAAGACGGCCCAGUUUGCUCUUGUGCUCCAAGAUACAUCUUAAAUCCAGAUGCUAAAACCUGCACAGCUUCCUGCUCAGUAAAUAAUGGUGGCUGUGAAAGAAAAUGUCUGGAUACUUAUCUUGGACCUAAUUGCUCAUGUCCAGAAGGUUUUAAGCUUCACCAAGAUGGACGAUCUUGCAUAGAUGUGGAUGAAUGUGAAAAAAAGACCGAUGGUUGUUCUCACAUGUGUGAAAAUAUAAAAGGAAGCUUUGAAUGUGUUUGCCCUCCUGGCUACAAAGUCAGCUCAGAUUACAAAACCUGUGUAGAUAUUGAUGAGUGCAUUAUGCCUUUAACCUGUGAUCAUAAGUGUGAAAAUUUGCCAGGAUCUUUCCAGUGCCAUUGUAAAGAAGGUUAUCAGCUAUAUGGCCAAACACACUGUGCAGACAUCAAUGAAUGUGCUGUUAGAAAUGGCAACUGUGCUCAUACAUGUGAAAACACUAAUGGUAGCUACACCUGCUCAUGCAAUGCAGGUUACAAGCUGCAUCAAAAUAAACACGACUGUAUAGAUAGCAAACAGUGUUUAACCUUGCUUCAACAACCCAACUCAGACCUAACUUGUGUUCAUGUGGCCCCUAAGGAACAACACUGUGUGAUGACAUGUGCUGAUAAUGCUUACCUUAUCAGUGAGCAUGGAGUCUUGAAUGCCACAUCAUUAUCUUUUAGGUGUGGCCCAAGUUCUAAUUAUAAAUGGACAAACUUAGAAGAAGGAAAACUACCUAAGUGUUCUAAAAAAGUAACAGCUCCAAGUUAUACAAAAAAAGCUUCUUUUGUAUUUAUUCGAGAUACAUGUGACAUCAAAUUACAGGAGGUAGAUAUCAUGAAAAAGAAUUUAUCAGACACUUUCAAUUCAGACAAGUUUAAAUGCAGCAACAGUUGUCAAAUAAAUACAUUAGAUCUUAUGUGUGGAUCCAAAAGAAAAAAAUACAGACAAAUGGUUAGAAAAAGUCGUAAAUAUUUGAUAACAGCUGAAUUUGAACUGCAGAUGAAUCCAAAACCAUUAACUGAUGGUUGUGAUGUUGUAUGCAGGUCUAAAAGAACACUGAGACGAUUUAACAGAACACUGAAAAAAGCUAGACAAAUAUUCAAAAGAAAUAAAAUUUCACUUAGAUAUCAAAAUGAAGACUACAAGCCUAUAAAAAAAAGCUUCAAGCCAGAAAAUAAAACUGAAGUAUUAUGUCUAGAAGGAUCACAACUAAUAAACAAUACAUGCAUUGGCUGUUCUUUUGGAACAUUUUAUGACUCGGAAAAGAAGAAAUGUCAGCCUUGUCCACGAGGUACUUAUCAGGAUAAAGAAGCUCAAACAACAUGUAAGGAAUGUCCAAACAGAAAGCCUGGAUCAGGAAUUGAAGGUGCAACUGUGAAAGAACAAUGUGAUGAGCUCUGUGACCCUGGGACUUACUCAGCUUCAGGAAGAAAACCAUGUUUAGCCUGUGGCAUCGGAACAUAUCAGCCCAGUUAUGGAAGAAUCUCUUGUUUGCCAUGUGGCGCAGAGUUUCGUACCAAGAAUACAGGCAGUACAGGAUUCCAAGACUGCCUAGCCCGAGUGGUGUGUGAAGCUGGUUAUUUCUACAACACAACAACUCACUCCUGCUCCAUCUGUCCACGGGGCUCAUACCAGCCUCAGCAAGGACAAGACUUCUGUUAUUUAUGUCCUGGAAAAACAAUGACAGAUUUUGAAGGUUCUAAGUUACAAGAUGAUUGUAAAGAUCGGCUUUGUGGCCAUCACAUCACUGAUUUCUAUGGUGUUCUUGAGACUCCUAACUAUCCUGGCAACUAUCCAGUAAAUGUGGAAUGUGUGUGGAAGAUUAAACCUGAAAGUAAACGAAGCAUCCUCAUCAUCAUUCCAAAGAUUGAACUGCCAGAGCAACAUGUGACUGGUGGAGUCGAAUGUGGAGACUCCAUCAUUAUGAGGAAAUCAAAAAACCAUCAUAGUAAAUACACAUUUCAAGCUUGUGAUCCACGCAAAAGGCCAAUAGCAUUUACAGCCAAAUCUAAAAAACUAUGGAUUCAGUUCAAAUCAGAUGGUAACCAUACAGCACAAGGCUUCUCAAUCCCAUUCGUUUUUUAUGAUGCUGACUACCAAACUCUUAUUGAUGACAUUGUAAAGGAUGGUCGACUUUAUAGUACUAACCAACAUCAGCAAAUAUUCAAGGACCGCCAGUUGUUAACUGCACUACUAGAAGUUAUAGCUUCACCAUACAAUUACUUGAAGUAUGCCAAUGUCUCUCACACAAUGUUUCCACCAUCCUUCUUUAAACUCCUGACCCCUAAAGUCAGGAAGUUUUUUCAGACUUAAAGGUUUGACUUUACAAGGUUUCUUAAACAUUUAAUAGAAAGUAGUUGGAUGUUUGCAAAAUAGGCCAGUGUGUACAUUUAUUUAGAAAAUAUAAUAGAAAAAUAUAAAUAUAUAUUUUGUUUUUUAAAAUGAUAAAAAUAUUUUUUAUAUAGAUUUAUAUAUUUUACGCACUUAGCUAUUUUAUUCUGUCAAAGAUUAAAAAAGUUUCUGGUUUAAAUUUGAAAUGAUAUUACCAAUAAUAUAUU